GAAUUCUGCAAGCAACGACAGUCAGAACACUCUAACUGUAGUUUUCCACGCGAUAUUAUCUAAUAAAUUUAAAUUAGAGGAUGGGACAAAGAUUGUAAUUCGUGGAGAUGAGCCUCUUUUUGCAGGUGGUUGGAAUAAAGGUGGUGUACCUGUUACCACAGCUCCGUAAGUAUAUCGUACAGAUUGUUACGUUCACCGCGUAACAAGAAAGACUUAAAAACAGAAGAGUCUUGUGUUUUAAGUUAUUUAUUAAUAAAAGAAAACUAAAAGAACGAAGAAUCAGGAUAGUUUAAACUUAUCUGUCUAUUGACAAUGACAUAGCUUUGCUUUUCAGACUUUGUCCUUUCACACUUUAUAAUAUAAUUCCUUUCCUUUAAGUCUUUACGACGACAAUAACUCCACAAUAUCAACUUCUUCUUUAACAACAACAGCAAUUAUCUCUAAACUUUUAUUUAUCUCACUAGCUUAAGCUUUCGCUGCUUAUAUACUGUCCGCAAGGUAUUAAUAGAACAUUACAUAAUUACUAUUUUUAGAUAUUACGUAAAUGAUAAAUAUAGCAAAAGCAUGAGUCAGCAUAAUGACGUAAUGUCUUAAAUUAAGAGUGUUCAUGACGUGACUGACUUCACGUCACAAGAUACAUUUUCAACAUCCAAUUUGUGACUCGCAUUAUUUGGGCACAUGCAUGCAUGGUGUUAAACUGCAACAACUGGAAUUAGAAGAAUACUGUAUAGUGAGGCUGCAAUCAAACAUUUUAGGACAUUGUAUUGGGGCAUGUGUGGUAAAAAUCACAACAUCAGAAAUUGUACAGAGUAAUGACCAUAUCGCUCAACAUUCAUUUUAUGUCAUCAUGCGCUCAGCCAAAGAUUUUGCGCCUUUUUUUGUUGUAGCUACUUUACUUUAAUCUAUCUAGGCCUAUAAAUUUUGGAGCUUCACUUAUGCAUCACGCGCAUUCAAUUAAGUGCCGAUAUUAUUUAGUUGGUAUAUUCAUUAUACAGAGCUAGGAAGGAGCGAGACAGUGUUGUUUUCAAAUAUCUAAACAUUUCAGAAAUGAAUACUGAGAAAAUCUUUGAGAUUCUACGCAUUGUACGCAAUAUAUAAAUUGAUGUUAUAUGCAUUACCGGCAUUCAAUUAAGUGCCUAUCGAUAUUAUUUAGACCGCGUAUUCAUUAUACAUUAGACAGAUUUAGAAAAGACGACGCGACUUCAAAGACGACAUGGAUGUCGUCAUUUGGCGCUAACUAUCGUCAGCUUCUGGUUUGUGACGUCGUCUUGGACGAUUUCACGACGCGAAAAUACAAUUUUUACGUACGUCCUCUCUAGAACGUCACAGAUUUAUGCUUCUUUUAAAAAAAUAUGAGAGUAUGUAUAAUAAAUAUCAGCCUAUUUUGUUCCCCAUGUAUUGUUUAAUGAUUCGAUCUAUAGUUAAAGUUUUUUCAUUGACAAGGUUGUUUUUCUUGUAUUUCGCUAAAUUUUGGACGAGUUGAUUUUUGACAAAUACUUUCGGUCGCCAUAACAAAUCAACAAAACUGCAAGCAUUGUUAAUAAACCACUUCAAUACCGCUAGUAUUCUUCACCAAAACAAACAUUUUAGAACAACUGAACCGAAGUUAUAUUAACAACUGGCAAGGAAACCUUUGGAAGAUAGAAGAAUAAAAGCACUAAAAAGCAGUAAAAACUCGAUCAAUUUUAUAUAGUUGCUUUGUCACAACAGUGCAAAAAGUAGGACAAGUAAAAAAUAGCUUUCCAGCGUGAAAAACUAUCGUAAACAGUAUUAAAGUCUACCAAUAUAAACACUGAUGCCAUAUUUAUACUGAACAGUUGAUAAACUUGAUUAAGUAGGCUACAAACUAAAGCAUUCAGCUCGUAAACAAUACUUGCAGCUAUUGUAUUUAUUCCAAAUGAUGCAACAAAGUUCACUUUUCAAAAUACCGAAAUAUACGUCUUUUUCUAAAAAAAACUUAGUGAAUGUUCAUACUAAUUGAUCAGGAAACACUUUGCCAGUAUUAUAUAGCCUUUUGUAGGACAUAUCUUGACAACUGAUAGAAAACAAUACAGGAAUGAGCAGGUAACAAGAAAACAAAAAUUUGUUUUGAAAAAGAAAAACAAGCCGUCCCAGUUUAAACCCGGAAGUGAACGCGAGGUGCAUACGUAAUUUUCACGUCGUCUUAGACGUCGCGUCGUGUUUUCUAAAUCUAUCUAUUGACUGCAUAAGGUGCUACACCACAGAAUAGAUGGCUACACUCAGUACAAAAAAAAAUUUGCACUUAUCAGAUCAAUAAAGCGUAAACAACUAUUAAACAGAAGCGGGUGUUUGUAUGGCGUUUACGAAGAAAAUAACUUGCGAGACUAUUAAAAGAAAUCAGUUGAGUCCGAGCUCUUUAUUUACACAAGAAAGACGAGGAGAUAGCCAACGUGUUAUCGCCAAUCGCUUGGCUCGCCAACAAGCUUCAUGUAAUAGAAGAAAAAGGCAAGGUGGUAGUCAACGUGUACCGUCACGGACCUUGUCCUUGUUUACUGUAUAGUCUGUAUAGCACAACGGUGCAAACUCUACCAGAUCUUACGAUGCAACGAUGCAACGAUAACUCUACCAGAUCUUACGAGAAUCAAUCUGUACACAGAGCUGUAUCAAAGCAGUCAAAACUGGUAUAAACACUGCUAUAACUGUGAAACUAUUGAAAUCUAAAGUGACAUUGAAUACAUGCGAAAAGCUGAAAAUGACACAACUUGACACUGGGAAUAAGUCGAAUGUCAAUGAGACUUGUUACUGUGAAACAUGUCACAAUUAGGUUAAAAUGCGGAAGCGGAUGGAGCGGAUCCACGGAACGGAUAUGGGGUUAAAAUACGGAACGGAUGGGAAUAAAAUGCAUCCUUUUGAUGAUGUAACGUCGUAGUGCUUAUUAUUCAUAACAUACUUAGGGCGCAAUUCCAGUCCUCACACGAAGCUCGCUGCGAGUGCAUGCAUGAGCACUUUCAUCCAAUCACAAUGCUUAAGAGUUGAUUUUUAUUAAAUGCAAGCACUCGCAGCGAGCUGCGAGGAGCUUCGUGCGAGGACUGGAAUUGUGCCUUUAUACAGCUAUUUCAGCUAAAGUUGUCACUGAGACAAUAGUCAAAUGUGCAAUAUGGGCGCUAAGAGGAUGGUGAGAAUAAUCAUAGGUUUAAAUAAUUCUAGCAUAUCAGUAUAGCCUCGUGGGUAUGCUUUUAGCGACAGCUGCAAAUGCAAAUGAAAUUUUAGAAUAUGCAAAAUUUGGUUGUUGGUGAAACAAUUUAAAUUUCGAGUUGUCGCGUGUAGCAUCACAAUAAAUAAAUAAAUUGUAUCAGUUCCACGAGGCACGACGUUUCUGAUGUGUUAGACUUGUUUCAAACGUCGCGCUACUCAUGUGCCGAACGCAUUAGAAACAAUAGAUAAUGAGAUGAAAUGCCUUUGGUAACUGUUUAUUUCGUAGUGUAAGCCAUCAGCUUUUAUAUAUUUUUAGUGUCUUUUUCAAUUUGAAACUUCACACUAUCCUGGGAUCCCUAGUUAACGUUUUCUCUGUGAAUCGUAUACGUAUGUUCAUGAUCUAUAGUGCAUUAUGCCAUUAUUAAGUGAAAUCAGGCUCUCAAGUGAUAGCGAAGCAUGCAUUACGCACAGCAGGUUAUGACUAUACAGGGUGUAUAAAAAAAAACUGAACAGAUUUGAAAUUGCUCUCAAUUUCGCAAAACACCUAUUUGUAUCUGGUUUUUAGAUAUAUAGCUUCUUUGGGUACUUAUAAUGUAAAAUAAUGAAAAAAAUUUCUCGAACUCAAAUUUUGUGAACCAGGGGGGUGUGUCUUUCCCAACAAACUAAAAAUGGCUCGCGCACAAAAUUUAAAAGCUGUAAUCAUAUUUUGAGUUAAUAGAUUGAAAAUUUGUCGGGUUUUUAAUUACUGUACAAAAUUUCAGACAAUUUGGUUUAGUUUAAGCCCUUUAACUAUUCAUUUUGUUCUAAAAAGUCAGCCUUUCGCAUGCUUAAUUAAUGCCUUUACCUAAUUUGGAUAUUGCUGACAUAUGCAAAUUAGGCAAAUGCAUUAAUUAAGCAUGCAAAUAGCUGAUUUUUCGGGAAAAUUGUAACUUUGCGUGAAUAGUUAAGGGGCUUAAACUAAACAAAAUUGUCUGACAUUUUGUACAGUAAUUAAAAACCCGACAAAUUUUCCAUCUGUUAACUCAAAAUAUAAUUGCAGCUUUUAAAUUUUGUGCGCGAGCCAUUUUUAGUUUGUUGGAAAAGACACACCCCCCUGGUUCACAAAAUUUGAGUUCGAGAAAUUUUUCUCAUUAUUCUACAUUAUAAGUACCCAAAGAGGCUAUAUAUAUAAAAAACCGUAUACAAAUAGCUGUUUUGCGAAAUUGAAUCUGUUCAAUUUUAAAUCUGUUCAGUUUUUUUUUAUACACCCUGUAUAAUGAUACAAUCUGCCGAUCGCACAAAGCAUAAAUUCUUCUUGUACUAUUAAGAAAAUAUAUAUAAAGCGACAAAUUAAAGCUAGCUUGAAAAUGAAAGCUGUUCAUAAAAUUUCCCCCCCAUUUUUUUAUACAUCAUUGUAUUCGGAAUAAAUAAAUAAGCAUCCAUCAUAUAUUUCAGCACAAUUUACUUUGUUUAUAUAGAUAUCGUGACAAACAGUUGGUGUUACACGGCGAACUUAAGGUUCCGCUGCGGCUUGCCUCCUUCGGAUGGGGGUACAAAUAUGUAUUAAUGAAUAAGAAGAAUAAACCUAGCUAUGAAGUGCUAGUUGAAUUCAAGUGGUGGGCGUCGGGCAUCAUGAACAGAUGUCUUGUUAUUGGAAAAGAUUAUACUGCAGAAAAUGGUAAGUUAACUGACUAA